AACAAAGGAGAGGAGAAUACACAAGAGAAAAUAACAGAGCUUGAAGGGGAAAUUAAAAGUGUUAAAUCUAGCUAAUUACAGAAUAAAUAGUAAUCAGGCUGCUAAAGACACCUGGAAAAUCUGAAAACAUUGAGUAAGAGCACAGAAAGAAAGGAGGGCAAGAAAACGUAUCACCUUGGAGAAUUAAUUUAAGAAAGGAUAAUUUGGCUGUCAGAAACAAUGAUGUUAUAGAUAAGUAGCUGACAUCACAAGCAAGUGACCAACAAUAAAUAUAUCUAUCUUAAUGAACGGACACAUGGACAAAGCACAAUCAUCAAAAACUGACCAUCGCUAUGUUUGCAAAGAGCCAAGAAAAACUACUCAAGUACAUGGCACUCUGAAAACUGUUGGAACCAUCACUGACAUUAAUGGACUAUCUCACUCGCAUCUCGCUGAGUUCUCCAGAAAGCAUCCACUCUUUCCAAAGCAUUAUGUAAUGCCCUGGAAACAAGACAUGACCAACAGGAAGCUAAUUCUGAAGCAUGCGAGGAUGGCAGGGGUAUACACAGGCGCUUGUGAGGAUUCCCUGUUUGUGGAGAACAAAGAAAGGCUAUGCCAUGGGGAAGAACGCAAGAAAAUAAUGGAAAAGGUGAAAAUCCCAGCAGAAAACUGGAGAACAAAUGUUCCAUUACAUUCUCCUCUAUCGAGGUAUAUUAGCUAUAUGGUCACUCAGAAAACUAGAUUGCUGGAACAAUAGUAAGAUUACACCCUGCACUGCUCCCGCCAUCUCUCAGGAACAUUACAUCCUAUAAUAAAAUAUAAUGUAACAUUAAAAUGCCUUACAGUUUGUUUCCUUGUAUUAAUAUAAUUCAGUUAUAUUAUGUUUAAAUGAA